UAGAGAAACGUUAGUGAACUCUGAUACUCUGCUGCACUCCAUCUGUUAGCGUGUCAGCACCAAAAUGGCAACAUCCAUGGAUUCGAUCAGUUGUUCGAUCUGCCUGGAUCCACUGAAGGAUCCUGUGGCUAUUCCCUGUGGACACAGCUACUGUAUGGGUUGUAUUAAGGAUCACUGGGAUCAGGAUUACCAGAAGGGUGUCUACAGCUGCCCACAGUGCAGACAGACUUUCAUUCCAAGGCCUGUUCUAAACACAAACACUUUGCUGGCUGAAUUGGUGGAGAGUCUAAAGAAAACAGGGCUUCAAGCUGCUCCUCCUGCUCACUGUUAUGCUGGACCUGGAGAUGUGGAGUGUGACGUCUGCACUGGGAGUAAACUCAUAGCCGUCAAGUCCUGUCUGGAGUGUCUGGCCUCUUACUGUGAGACUCACCUUCAACUUCACUAUGAAUCACCUACAUUUAAGAAGCACAAGCUGGUCAAAGCCUCCACACAGCUACAGGAGAAGAUUUGCUCUCGUCAUGACAAGCUGCUGGAAAUGUACUGCCGUACCGAUCAGCAAAUUAUCUGUUACCUCUGUAUGAUAGGUGAUCAUAAAGGCCACGAUACAGUGUCAGCUGAAUCAGAAAGGGCUGAGAGACAGACCUCCAUGUGGUAUGGGCAUUGACUUAGUUGGUGAACUAGCGUCAUGUAGAAAUGAUGCCACCUUUCAGAAGAUAAGGCCUGAACCCAAGACCAGAGAAGAGUUAUUGGAAUAUUCCUGCCAGCUCACAUUGGAUCCCAACACAGCUAAUAACUGGCUGUGUCUGUCAGGGGGGAAUAGGAAGGUGACGUGGAGUCCAUGGAGUAAUAAGGCCCAGCCUUAUCCUGACCAUCCAGACAGAUUUUCCACCUAUGA